ACUGUAAGCAUUGGGAAAAGAGAAACAAACAGCAGAGGAGAAGCUAAAGAAGAUAAGCAGAAAAGCAGGAGCAAAGCUCAAGCUACAUGGGACCUCAACCUUGCUUUUUGGAUGAUAAGGAGAAGAAGAUUAAUGAUGGAACAGAAGAGGAAAGCUUUGAGGAGCUUAAUGAAGAGGUUGAUGAAGAGCUAAUGGAAUAUGGAAAUGAGAUCAAGCCAGUUAAGCAUCUUGUUGAGCCUUUGGAUGAGGAUGGACCUAUCAAGUGCCCAGUUUUGGACUCUUUUCCUCUGUUGGAUCAAAGUAUGUGGAAGGAGGUAAUCACAGAUGGUUUGCAGAAAAGAAAAGAUCCAUUUGCAGAAAGAGAACAUGUCACACAAAGUUCAAGCAAGAGAAGACAUCAUUCUCCAUCAUCAUCAUCAUCAUCAUCAUCCAAGUCUUCUCACACCAACUUAUUUCAAGUCUUCAAUCAAUGCAGACAUUAUAGUUUCUGAAAAAAUUAACUUGUAUUCUUCUCAUGUUCUUCAAAGUUGGAAGCUUUUUUUCUUUCACUCUUUCUACUAACUAUGCUCCACAUGUUCUUAAAGACUUAUUAAAUUUGAUGAAUUAAACCAGGAAUUUUGAUAAAUUAUUAGGCAAAAAUGGAAGCUUUUUUUAAAUUUGAUGAUUUGAAGCAUGGAUUUUGUUGAGUAAUUUUUCAUGGAAGGAUGAAACUUCUGUUUUGGUAACUCUUCUUCUUCUUCUAGAACCAUCCAAACAUUACCAGAACUUUUUGCCCCUUUCUAUAAAUAAAAACUCCACCUUUAUGCGAAGAGCGAAAAAGAGAGAGAGAUGUUUGGAGUGGUGUUCCCGGAGCUCAGCUUCCCCAUGGACAUCUCCUCCUUCUCCCAGAUCGAUCCCUUUCAUUGGCUUCUUGAUCUCUCAUCCAUGGCUGGCGAGGCAUACCAUUCGGUGAAGGAGUUGUGCAUAUUCCUAUUAAACCCUAAUUCCCUCCCCGCCGGCAAAGCGCUCGCCGUCUACGCUCAACCCCCAUCCGGCCCCUUUCUCUUUUGCGGCGCGCUCCAUGGAUCCCGCCCAUCCGCUCUUCUCCGUCUCCCGUGGCCAGACCCCGCCGACGUCGCCGCUACACCGGCGGGAUCCUCGGCGAAGAUUGGGGUUUCAAUCGAGGAUCUCGCGGCGUUGCCGGCAGUGGCGGAUGCCGGGAAGGAGGAAGCGGCGGCGAGGGUGGCGCUCAAGGUCGGAGAGAAUCUCUUCAAUUUCAUGCAAUCGUUUUGUGGGGUUGAUGGAAAUCGAUUGGUUGUUCCAAUGGAUAUUUUGGAUCAAUGGUUCAAGAAAUUCCAAGAAAGAUCCCGGAAAGAUCCAACUUAUCUCAAGGCUUUUGGUUUGUGAUCCCAUAAACACCAAUUUAAAGACUGGGAUGCACUUCAUCUACAAUCUUCCCAAAGUCCAGUUCCAGCACACCACACAGUGAAUGAACUUCAUUUAUGUACUCCAGAACCUUGCUAAGGCGAUCAGACUGGAAGCACAAUGGAAGUGUUUACCUCCA